AUACUUCACUGCGGGAGUUACAUAGUAAGUGUGAAACCAAUACACCAUGUCCCCAUGACAUUCGCUGGCUUACCCAAACAGUACUUGAAAAUCAAGAUAUGAAUCGUAUCAAUCAUCGGUUCUGAAUCGCCAAAAGCCAUUUUGAUAGGGACUGAGAAUGGAGGGUGAUUCCGGUCACAUCUCUUCGGGGAAACCCCCCAGUUGUGUAACAGAAGAUGGGAUUCAGGUGUCCUUAACGCAUGAGCUAUUGGAUGCCUCACAGAUUCUAUCAUCGGUGAAAAGCCCGAGUGCAGGUGCCAUUGUCCUUUUCGCAGGAACCACUCGCGACACGUUCCAGUCCAAGCCGGUUAAACAGCUGCAGUACACAGCAUAUGUACCACGAGCUCUUGCCACACUUUUGGACAUCGCUCGCGUGGUCAAACAAAAGCAUUCUCUCGUAGCAAUUUCCAUGACGCACCGGCUGGGCGUGGUUCCGAUUGGCGAAGAGAGCAUUCUCAUUGCUGUCUCAGCUCCACAUCGGCAAGCAGCGUGGAGGGCCGGAGAAGAAGCAUUGGAACUAUGCAAGGAAAACGCUGAGAUCUGGAAGCUCGAGGAAUUUCAUGGAGAGGAAGGGGUCUGGAGAGCCAAUCGAGAUGGGCAGCAGGGAGCGAAAGUCGAGAAGUUGAGCUAAUAGAUGAAAUUGUGGCCUUAACCGGAACGUGGUACACGCGUCCCCAUUGUAUUUGGAGAUAUAAUGCUACAGCGGCAAGGCAAUGGUCCCGAUGCAAGGCGGCCAACCUCCCGAAAUGCCAGCUCAAUGUCCACCGACGUGUCCACCGACGUGUCCACCGACGGUCUCCCGGUUUGCCUUGCCCCGAGCUCUU